AUGUACAUCUCUACAUUAUUAAUUGCUAUAUCAAACGAUGUAGCCACUAAUCCCGGGCCUGGUAUAAACGUAGCUCAACAACUAUCCGGUUGUCGUGGUCUGAAGAUCAGUCAUUUAAACAUAAGAAGUCUGUACCCAAAGAUGGACGAAGUACGCCUGCUGCUAAAAGAUCAACCAAUUGACGUUUUUACUAUAUCGGAAACGUGGUUAAACCCGUCGAUUUCAGACGAAGAACUUAGUGUCCCCGGCUAUACUAUUCUCCGACAGGAUCGUUUGGAACAAAUUGGAGGCGGUACGGCUAUGUACAUUCGUGAUGGAUUACCCUACUGUCAACGUUUUGACAUUACUGAUGAUAGCCACCUUGAAUGUUGCUGGGUUGAAAUUACAAGACCGAAGACAAAGAAACUGAUUAUUUGUUCUACCUAUAGAGCACCGAAUUUCCCUAUCACAACCUUUGUCGAAUCAUUUGAUGCAUCGUUGUCAAAGAUUCCGGAAAACGCUGAAUUGGUCGUUUUGGGCGAUUUUAACGUCGAUUUUAACA